AUUACCUUAUAUAUAAACACAUAUAAACACACACACACACAAGAUGUGUGAAAUUCCGAGCUCCGUGCUGAGAAAGUGUUCAGAUUUAGAUCAAAAUAUGAAAAGAACAUACAAGGCUUUAGAGUCAGGCCAAAAUAUGGAUACAGAAACAUACAAGAUCUUCAAUGACUCUGUCCAUGGCCAUAUCAAGAUGCAUCCUCUGCUGGUUAAAAUCAUUGACACACCAGAGUUUCAGCGCCUGAGGAACAUCAAGCAGCUAGGAGGAGGCUAUUUUGUCUUUCCAGGAGCUUCUCACAACCGCUUUGAGCACUCCAUCGGCGUGGCUCAUCUAGCAGGAGAACUUGUGCGAAGUCUGAGAGCUCAAGAAAGCACGAUAACUGAUAAAGAUGAACUCUGUGUUCAGAUUGCAGGAUUGUGUCAUGACCUGGGUCAUGGCCCUUUCUCUCAUGCAUUUGAGAUCUUCAUGAAGGAGGCAAAGCCAGACUUAAAGUGGGGGCAUGAAAAAGCAUCAGUCGAAAUGUUUGAACGACUGAUCACCAAUAACCAAAAGGACGGCAAAAUGAUUGAGGAAAUCAUGAAAGGAUAUGGAUUUAACAACCAAGACAUUGUGUUUAUCGAGGAGCUCAUCUAUGGCACAAAUCCACCUACUAAGAGGAGCGAGCAACUGCAAGCUUUAGAUUCAAAGUGGCCCUACAAAGGAAGACCAAAGGAAAAGUCCUACUUGUAUGAAAUUGUGGCCAAUAAAAAUACAGGUAUUGAUGUCGACAAAAUGGAUUAUUUCAGUAGAGAUUGCCUCCAUUUGGGAAUGAAAAGCAACUUCUCCCAUGAGCGCUACAUGAACUUUGCACGAGUUUGCACCAUCAAGGACGAUAAAGAUCCGAACAUCAAUGGGCAGAAGAUGAUCUGCAUGAGAGAUAAGGAAGCACUGAAUAUGUAUGAAAUCUUUCACGUUCGCUAUCUGCUUCAUCACAAUGCCUACCACCACAGGGUUACAAAGGCAGUUGAAUGGAUGAUUAUAGAUGCAUUUUUGGAAGCUGAAAAGGAGGACUUUAAGCUGGAUGGAAAGAAAAUCUCUGAGACUGUAUCUGACCUGAGCAUAUACAUGAAGCUCACAGAUAACAUUCUUGAUAAGAUCAAACGUGAAACACAAAAGGCAAAGAAGAUCAUCGAGAAAAUUGAGAGACGCGAGCUUUACAGAUUUGUUGGCGGCACAGUUUUCAAAGCAGAAGAGAAACUGCAAGAGUGGAAAAAAAAGUUGAAAGAAUGUUUCAAGAAUCCAGAUUACCCCGAAAAAGACUUCAGAGUCAUAGAGAUUAACAUUAAUUAUGGACAGAACGAGAAGAAUCCCAUAGAUUCUCUGUGGUUCUACAGAAAAGAUGAUGUCAAGAAAGGCAUAAAGCUGAAUGAAGAUGAGGUCUCUUACAUUAAGCCAGCAAUCUUUCAGGAAACCAAGGUUUUUCUGCUCUACAUGAAAAGCUCUCCCCCAUGCCUAAAUGAUGAGCAACUUGGCACAUUCUGGAAAAUGAUAAAGAAUAAAUAGAAAGAGCAA